AUGCCCCCAAAGCCCAAGAAGAGGAGCGCGAAAGCGCCAGCGCCACUCGUCGACCCAGAUAUAGCUGACGCUCUGGUUGCAUGCAAAGAAGCAAAGAUAGCUACCAGAAGGCUGAAUGAGAUGAGGGAGGGCGACCCGGGAGUGGAGCAACAAACAGCAAAGGCGGCAGCGGCACAGAGGAGUCUCAUAUUAGCUGGCACCAAUUUGGCGACGCGACUACUCAUCCAACGGCCAAGCCUCCCAGAAGAGAGUCAUGAGGUACAGGUGGCACUGCUGGAACUUAACCAUCUCGUGCAACAGUAUCGAAAGGCCGAGACAGACCUUGCGAGAACACAGUGUACUCAGCUCAUGCAGAAGGUUGCCAAGUCUCUUGUGGAGGCUGGUACCAAGGACGGUCGGUUCCAGGUGGGCAAGUCAUGGGUUCCAUCUGUCAAGGAUGACGAGGAGGGGCAGAAUCAGCGCAUGUAUGAUCAUAUUGAGCCUAUCGCCAACGAUGAUGAGCCGGACGAAGACGCUUUCGUACCGUACCGGGAACCACGAAAACCGAAGACACAGACGUUCGUAAACCCCGACGGUACUAUCAUGUCCGGGGAUUUGGAAACCAGGCAAGCCAUAGCGGAGGACAAAAGGAAGACUGGCAAUGACGAGGAGAUGGCGGAUGUCGAGGAGCACAGCAAGGAGCACGGCCAUGGCGACCACGAAGACGCACACAGCGAUGUCGAUGUCGAGGCGGGUAGCCAAGAAUCAGAUCCAUCCGUCCACCCCGAAGGCGACACCAGCUCAUCUACUGUUGGACGAGGGGGACAGGAACAACAAGGAGGAUCUCUCGCCGCAUGGAGGCAGCCUCUGUCAGAGGUGGGAGCUUUGUGCUCAGUCUGCGACCUCUGCAAGCCUGUGAGCUCCUUCCGACUUCUGUGGCGUGGAAUGGGCGAAUGCUUUGAGUGUGAGGCGAAAGGGGAUGCAAGACUUAGAAGCAAGGAUUAG